CGCUGACGAUGGUCUUUCUUUGUUGACACAACAGAAGCCAAGGCCCGUUGACGCAGCAAGCAACAGCCCGAGGACGACCACGCUUGUAGUAUCUAGAACGCUAUUGGCGCCUACCGAUACUACGCUGUGCUCGCACCUCUGGAGAGCACACUCCUCUGAACCGAUCUGAUAUGGCUCGAGAGCCCAUGAUCACAGUGUGCUCGCUUGGCCAUGCAGCGACAGGCCACGGGACCUCAUUGCAGUGCGCUCGCAGCGCUACGAACGGCUUCAUAACGCGCCGCAUCAAGAACCAUGAACGUCGGCCGUGCCGGUGGGUCGGCACAGAGACAAGCGAGUGCUCUCAGAAGCGACGCCGUUUCAAACAAAAUGCAUUCUCGCGCAGUGUCGUGCUGCCUGAUCACACGCACGUGGCUGACGUCGACUCAGUGGACAGAGCAAGCGCGAAUCCGACGACUCUCCAUUUCGAAUCUGGUGGCGUCAUCUCCGCCGACUUGCCAGAUCCACCCGCGAGCAUCUCCUUCUUGUAGUGGUACGCACAGUACCGCGCAGCAGCGUGCAGGACCCUUGCCCUGGACCAAACCCUGGAUGUUAUCUUAGGCUGUGCGCGCAGACAGUGUUGGUCGCUGCCGCCUUUGCAACUUUGAUUCGCUGUAUCCGGAUCCGGAUGCGUCCGCGCAUCUUGCUGAGCUGCUUGCCCCUUGCUCUAUCAUCUCGCCGGCACGCCCACCCAUCGUGCUUUCGUGCAUGGCGAGAGUUCGUGCCAGUCGAGGCAACAUCACUGAUUCGUGGCGGACCCACCACCGACGCGCUCAUGAUCGACGCAAGCUGGAGCCCAGCCGAGGCGGUGCGACUGAGCCCGCGCGAGACGCUCUCGCUCCUCGCAGAAGGCGCGACGGCCUUUCAUGCUCUUCUGCGCCACUCGAAGCUGGCGGCCAAUAAUAGCCGCAUCUACCAGCCCAAGGCGUCCUGCAAGCAGUAUUACAUGGGCUACGCCACCACCGCAAUCCAAGAGUCCUUUGUGAGCGUCCGGUCGCGCUACAAGAGUCUCAUGCACCACCGCGACGAGUACUGCCGCGUCUUUGCCCUCGAAGACACGCGCAUCUUGUGCGUGCUGCAGUCGCCCGGCGUUGCGCUCGGGCCGUGGCAUAAGCCAUCCUCAGCGCUCGUGCUUCUGCGCUGGAUGGCGCGGACACCGACGCGCACGGGGUCGCGGGCGCGCGAUUUUCUUGUGCUCGAGUAUAUGGAUACGAUUGUCGACGCCAAGGGCGAGCGCAGCUACGCGCGCGUGUGGCAUUCGGUGACGCAUGCCGCGUUCCCGCCGCAGUACGGUUACGAGCGCCAAGUGCUUUUGCACUCGGGCGACGUUGUCCGCGAGAGCCCCGCGGGGCGCCCCGUUUCUUGUCGCCGGCUCAUGUUUCUGGACGUGCACUCGAUCAAGAGCGCGCUGCCCAAGUUUGUCUUUGCCCAUCUUGUACAGCGACAAGUGCGCAACCAGUACGCGUGCCACCUCGAUCGACUCCUCUGGGACCACAUGUCACCCGACGACGCUUUCACGGACAAUGUUAGCGACGCCAUUCUCGCGCUUGGCGGCGAAGACGACGAUGUCCAUAUGCUCGAAUGCACGAUCAAGUACGUUGCGACCGAGUGCGACCUCUGUGCCAAAGGCUUCCACUUGUUUCGUCCAAAGUACUCGUGCCUCGAGUGCGACAAGACGGUGUGUCGGCGCUGCAGCCGAGGCUUCAUGCAGGGCACACUGCGCAAUCGAACGAUCGCAGAUAUGGAGGCCAGGCGCGUGUGCUUUCGGUGCUGCAUUGAGAAGCGGGCAGGUGCGUCGCGCACAGCUUAAGUUCUCCCACUAACUUACAGUAUGUAUUAUACCUGCGGCGCAUUUGCACUGGCACCAACGGCAAUCUCGAGAUUCAAGUGGAAGCAAAACUCAACCAACAAAUCACACUGGCUCCAUGCGAUGCGGGAGCCACCGUACCCGUACUGGAAGCCGAAAUAUCGAAGCUUCCAUGAGUUUGCCAUGGCUCGAGUGACUUAGCGCUGGAAAUACUGAGCUCACGAGCCUUUGUCCCAAUUAAUGGCCUCCGAAAGUGCGGCGGUCGGGCGGUGUUGAAGCGACGUCUCUUGGCUUCGCGUCGG